GUUUUUGGGUUUUUGGAAUAACUACAGCCAUUUUCGUAGCUACCGCAUCCCUCCCAUUACCUCACGCUCGCGCCACGCUGCCGCUAUUCCUGCCUGACGCCGUCUCAGCAGCUGCUGCUGCACUCUCAUCUGCCCCAGGUCUGCCUUGCGACAAAAUCGCCGCCGUCCCCUCCCUCUCUUCCAGCAAGCGGAGUUACUUAAGCGGGUAUUUUUGAGUACCCACAGAAUCGAACUGAAACGGGUACUUAAUUAUCUCAAAACUGAGCUGACCAGACCAGACCAGACCAACGCACUACCAAAUUAGGGACGCUGGUCAAUCGUUCCAAUCGGUUUCUUCAAAUCUGCCGCUGAAGGGAACUACUAGGGCAACUUUACUCUGUACUAAGCGCCCCCCUCUUCGCCGGCCUCCGAUUGAAUUGCGGGAAUUCUUGUUAGUGCCGCCAUGGAUGAGGUUUGCGAGGGUAAGGACUUUUCGUUCCCUAAGCACGAGGAGGUGGUGCUUGAGUAUUGGUCUGACAUCAGGGCAUUUGAGACCCAGCUUGAGCGCACAAAGGACCUUCCUGAGUAUAUUUUUUAUGAUGGCCCUCCGUUCGCCACUGGUCUUCCACAUUAUGGUCACAUCUUGGCGGGAACCAUCAAGGACAUUGUCACCCGGUAUCAGGUUAUGACCGGUCAUCACGUGACUCGUCGCUUUGGAUGGGACUGCCACGGAUUGCCUGUUGAGAACGAGAUUGAUCAGAAGUUGGGGAUCAAGAGGAGAGACGAUGUGUUGAAGAUGGGGAUUGACAAGUACAAUGAAGAAUGCAGAAGUAUAGUCACGAGAUAUGUGGGGGAGUGGGAAAAAAUCAUCACGCGUACUGGUCGAUGGAUUGACUUUAAAAACGACUAUAAGACUAUGGACUUGAAAUUCAUGGAGAGUGUUUGGUGGGUUUUUUCUCAGCUCUUCGAGAAGGGUCUUGUCUAUAAAGGUUUCAAGGUCAUGCCAUAUAGUACUGGUUGCAAGACGCCACUUUCAAACUUCGAAGCUGGUCAAAGCUAUAAGGAUGUCCCUGAUCCUGAAAUCAUGGUAACUUUUCCAGUACUCGGGGAUCCGCAAAAUGCAGCUUUUGUGGCUUGGACAACAACUCCAUGGACCCUUCCGAGUAAUCUUGCCCUUUGUGUUAAUGCAAAUUUCGUCUAUGUGAAGGUUCGCAACAAGGCAUCUGGAAAAGUUUAUGUGGUUGCUAAAUCCCGAUUGUCAGCUCUACCUGUUGAGAAACAAAAAGUGAAUGCACCAAAUGGUUCUACCGAUGUUGUUAACAAGUCAAAUCCUAAGAAAAAAGGUUCCUCAAAUUCAAAAACAGAGAACUCAGUGGAGGACUCAUAUGAGGUAUUGGAGGAAGUAUUGGGAGCUUCUCUUGUGGGUAAAAAGUACGAGCCACUGUUUGAUUACUUUAAAGAGUUCUCUGAUGUGGCAUUUAGAGUUGUUGCAGAUAAUUAUGUAACUGAUGAUAGUGGUACGGGUAUUGUCCAUUGUGCUCCUGCAUUCGGUGAAGAUGACUAUCGUGUUUGCAUUGAGAACCAAGUGAUCCAUAAGGGCGAGAAUCUGAUUGUUGCAGUCGAUGACGAUGGUUGCUUUACAACAAAGAUUACUCAAUUUUCUGGGCGUUACGUCAAGGAUGCAGACAAGGAUAUAAUUGAAGCCGUGAAGGCACAAGGGAGGCUUGUUAAAUCGGGAAGCUUUACCCAUUCUUAUCCUUUCUGCUGGAGAUCUGAUACUCCCCUAAUCUACAGGGCUGUCCCAAGCUGGUUUGUCCGAGUUGAGAAAUUAAAGGAGAAAUUACUGGAAAACAACGAGAAGACUUACUGGGUGCCUGAUUUUGUGAAGGAGAAAAGGUUCCAUAAUUGGCUAGAGAAUGCGAGAGAUUGGGCUGUCAGCCGUAGUAGAUUUUGGGGAACACCACUCCCUGUCUGGGUUAGCGAGGAUGGAGAGGAAAUACUGGUCAUGGAUUCAAUUGAGAAACUUGAACAGCUUUCUGGUGUCAAGGUGUUUGAUCUGCACCGGCACAAGAUUGAUCACAUUACUAUUCCAUCUAGAAGAGGUCCUGAAUAUGGUGUGCUUCAGAGGGUAGAUGACGUGUUUGAUUGCUGGUUCGAGAGUGGGUCUAUGCCAUAUGCAUAUAUUCAUUAUCCAUUUGAAAACGUUGAGCUUUUUGAGAAAAACUUUCCUGGGCACUUUGUGGCAGAAGGGCUUGAUCAAACUCGUGGAUGGUUCUAUACUCUCAUGGUUCUAUCUACUGCUUUAUUUGGGAAGCCCGCAUUUAGGAACCUUAUUUGUAAUGGCCUUGUCCUUGCUGAGGAUGGAAAGAAGAUGAGCAAAAGGUUGAAAAAUUAUCCUUCACCAAUGGAAAUCAUAAAUGAUUAUGGAGCUGAUGCUCUGAGAUUAUAUCUUAUAAAUUCUCCAGUUGUACGUGCAGAGACUUUACGCUUCAAGAAGGAGGGCGUUUUUGGUGUUGUCAGGGAUGUUUUCCUUCCAUGGUAUAAUGCCUAUAGAUUCCUUGUUCAGAACGCCAAGAGGCUCGAAAUUGAGGGAUUUGCACCAUUUUCUCCCGUAGAUCAAGCUACCCUUCAAAAGUCAUUCAAUGUGCUUGACCAAUGGAUAAACUCUGCCACCCAGAGUUUAGUAUAUUUUGUCAGAAAAGAAAUGGAUGGGUACCGACUGUACACGGUAGUUCCAUAUCUUCUAAAGUUUCUUGACAACCUUACAAAUAUUUAUGUGAGGUUCAACCGCAAGAGACUAAAGGGCCGUACUGGGGAAGAAGACUGCAGGAUAGCACUCUCUACUCUGUACCAUGUCCUUUUAACAUCUUGUAUGGUCAUGGCUCCAUUUACACCAUUUUUCACCGAAGCUUUAUAUCAAAACUUACGGAAGGUUUCUGAUGGGUCAGAGGAAAGCAUUCAUUACUGUUCUUAUCCUCAGGAAGGAGGAAAGAGAGGUGAAAGAAUUGAAGAAAGUGUUACAAGGAUGAUGACAAUUAUUGAUCUUGCUCGCAACAUUCGGGAGCGUCAUAACAAACCUCUUAAAACUCCUUUGAGAGAAAUGAUAGUGGUUCAUCCUGACAAAGAUUUUCUUGAUGACAUAGCCAGAAAGCUUAGAGAGUACGUUCUAGAGGAAUUGAACAUAAGAUCUCUUAUCCCAUGCAAUGAUACGUUGAAGUAUGCAUCUCUUCGUGCUGAGCCAGAUUUUAGUGUGCUGGGUAAGCGUCUUGGAAAAGCUAUGGGAGUCGUGGCAAAGGAAGUCAAAGCCAUGUCACAGGAAGAUAUCUUGGCUUUUGAGAAAGUGGGAGAAGUUACUAUUGCUACUCAUUGUUUAAGGUUAUCUGACAUAAAGGUUGUCCGUGAUUUCAAACGACCUGAUGGUAUGACAGACAAGGAAAUGGAUGCUGCUGGGGAUGGUGAUGUACUAGUGAUUUUGGAUCUACGUCCAGAUGAAUCUCUAUUCGAGGCUGGUGUUGCUCGUGAGAUUGUUAAUAGAAUCCAGAAGUUGAGAAAGAAAGCUGCCCUUGAACCUACCGACUCCGUAGAGGUGUAUUUUCGAUCACAAGAUGAGGAUGCAUCAGUUGCGCAAAGAGUUUUAAAUGCACAGGAACUAUACAUAAGCGAGGCAAUCGGUUCACCCUUGCUUCCGUCUGCUUCGUUGCCUUCACAUGCAGUCACGCUUGCUGAAGAGAGUUUCCAAAAUGUAGCCGGGAUUUCAUUUUCGAUUAUCUUGGCCAGACCGGUACCCGUAUUCAAUUCGGACGCUGUGACUGCUCUAUAUAAAGGUAACGAGAAAUUCGCCCGAGCACUUGAGGUCUACCUGCUCUCAAGAGAUCUCUCCAACUUGAAGACUGAGUUCUCUGGAAAUGGCAAGAUGAGAGUUGAUUACAUUGAUGGCCAGCCGGGAGUGGAAGUGGCACUGGGAGAGCAUGUUUUCUUGACGGCCGGCGACAAGUUUCUGAAGGCCAAGUCUUCAUAAACUCUGUUCUGUAUACCUCCAAAUUAUUAUCCAUUUUUAACACUUUUUUACUUUUAAUUUUAUAUGGGAUACAAUUGAAUCCCCUUGACAUCACUUGCCUGCCAAAGUUUUGGGCGCACAAUUUUGUAUGAGAAGUGUAUGCGAAGGUGUUUUUUUUGUUUAAUUUAAAAUAGUUCUUGAAAAAAUUGGGGAAUGUUGAACUUAAAGUUGCUUAAAGAAGAUUCAUAUUUCUUCAUGUAA